AUGUACUCGACCGGCCGCGAUGGCACUGUAUCAGCUCUUAUCCUCACUACCGCCCACUGCGACGCUGUUGUCGACUCGGGCGUCGCCUCACAGACCGCCGACGGCAUGUGGGUGCUUGAUGCUGUUGCCACUCAGCUGUACGACGUUUCGCGGCAAGCAUCGAUCGGGCUCCAGCUCGGGCACAAGUGGCGGCUGACUGACGAGCUGACUGAGAUUGUGGCCGUGGCCGAGGAUGCCGAGACCGGCGACGUCAUUGUUGCUGGCCAUCGCGGCGGCUGGUUUGCUGUGGUCGAUUUGACGUCUGGCGCGGCGCUGGUCAAGUUUCACACCUCGUCAGCGGGCUACCAGGCUCCGACGGUCUUUAGCGCCUGCACGCCGCAUGCCGAGUCUUGGCGGGUCGCCUUUGCCCGCGCCGACGGCGUAGUCACCGAGCUUGCGCCGGUUUCGCUGCUGGGGCGGGCGGCGGAGGUGGUUACGAGCAGGACGCUCCGGCCGUCGAUCCACGGCCGCAACAUCGGCGCCAUUGCUGUGGCGACGCCGGGCGGCGACGACGACGCUUUGCUGUACACCUUUACCGGCUCGAUCGACGGCAUGGUCCAAGUCUGCCGAGUCGCCGGCGAUGGCAGAGCACUCGAGCCGAUUACACGCCUCGACGCGCACGACUCGAUCGUGCGAGCGAUCGCGGUGCUCGAGCACAGCAGAGGCCGGCUGGUGGCGACUGGCGGUGGCGGCGACGGGCUGACCGUGUGGCGCGAGCGCGGGAUCGGACGCGAUAGGCUGUACGAGUGUGUGGUCCACGUUCACGCGCCCAAGGCCCAGACCAAGUCACGGAUCAUGGCGCUUGAGGCGUAUGAGCUCGGCAACGACGGCGGCUGGCUCGGCCUGGUCGUUGCGGCUUCGAACUCGCGGGUCUCGCUAGCGCGAGUUGAGCUUGCCACUGGCAUCCUUCACUGGCGCCCACGCGGAUUCGGCUCGAGCGCGGCCGCGCCGACCUCGAUCGAUGUCGGAUCGUGCCCGCUGGCGUCGGCGUCGGACGCUGUGCCGGGCACAGCUUGCAGCCUGGCCGUUGUCGGGCUCACUUCUGGUGAGCUUGCUGUCUUUAUCGUCGAUCGCGACACAAUCGACGGGCUGACGCUUGGCGUCACAAUUGCGGCGCACGCGACCGGCGCAAACGCGGUGGCGCUGGAACGGGCGCCAGAGUACGACGACGCCGCCGCUGGCACGCUUGCGUGGUGGGUGGCGAGCGGCGGCGACGACCAUGCCCUGGUGGCGAGCCUGGUGCAUGCGACGGUGGCCGGCGGCAGUGUGUGUCAAGUGACGCACGAGAGCCAGCGGACGCUGCGAUGCAGUGGCGCGGCGGCGUCGGCCAUCACCGGCGUGGCGCUGGCCAUGCCGUACGCGGUCUCCGCGCGAGGCGCCAAGUGA